AUGUUGCAGUCAAAGCCGAAACUACCAACGUUUGAGGAAAUCCGACGUGCCGUGCCACCAAUAUGUUUCGAAAAAUCACUAACAAAAUCGUUGGCAUUUCUGGUUUUGGACUGUCUGAUACUCUUUGGAUUGUACAAAGUUGUUGCUGUGUUUGAAUCAUCCGGCAUCUUUGGACUGUUUGUUUGGUACUGCUUGGUGGGGAUGUUUGGGUCGUCACUGUUUGUGAUUGGCCACGACUGCGGCCAUGGUACAUUCUCUGAGUACGUUUGGGUCAACGACUUUUUCGGUCAUAUCGCGCAUGCUCCACUUCUGGCACCGUACUGGCCCUGGCAGAAAUCUCACAGACAGCAUCACCAGUACACCUCACAUAUUGACAAGGAUAUGGUAUGUUCCUAG